GUCAAAGUCUGGUUCCAGAACCGACGAACGAAACACAAGAGGAUGAAAGCUGAAGAGGACGGAGGGUCAUCGGGGCCACAGGUCGAAGGUCAUGAUGGAUGUGCCGAGAAAGGGAGAGACAGAAGUGACCUGGCUGUCUACGUGGACCAUGAGGAGGAGGAGGACGAGGAUGCUUGCACAGAUGAGGAAGAGGAGGAGGAGGAGGAGUUGUCAGUGACGGAGGAGUGUUAG